GAAAAGACUCUGGAGUAGAACCAACUACUACCCCCCCAGAUCCUGGUGCAGGAUCAGAUAAAAACACACCUGUAUCCAUAUCUUCAAUUUCACCUACAACCACAACAACAACUUCAACAACGUCUACAACAACGACAACAACAGAAAGUGCUGGUUGUAUUCCGAAGAAGUGUAUUCUUCCAGGGUUUUUAGCAGAUGAUUCAGCAAUGACAUCUUCAGGCUUUAGUUAUAAGUCUGGGGUGAAGAAUGCUGAAGAAUGUGGUUGUUUUUGCUCUAGUAACCCUACAGUACCAUCCACCAGUAAAUCAUCAGUACCCACCACCUUCUAUUGGUACUACAGUUUAUGUUACUGCAGAACUUCGAGCGGCAAUACCCCUCGACCAGAACCCAGUCUAAAUCCUAUGUUUAUAUCUGGUAUAUAUAACUGUUCAUCGGAAGAAAUAGAAAGGGUAACAAAAAACAUAGGUAAUUAUUAAUUUUAAAGUCAUAAUAUGUUUUUAUUACUUUUAUUAAAUCAUUAAUUAAAUUGGCAACCGCAAAGCAUGUUCUCAGAAUUCUUGUUUUGAAAAUUAAGUCUUAAAUUUCAUUAGAGGCUCAGUAUGAGACCAGUGUAAUGUUCCUUUGUCAUUUGUAAAUUUACAACCUAUUUGUAAAUUGUCAUAUAUACAUAAAUUGUAAUUUGUGUAUAAUUAAUUGGAAAUGUAGUUGUUUAUGG